AUGUAUAGUGAUACUAUUUUUGUCAUUAGUAACAAAACAAAUAAGCGACGUGAACGAGUAGUUCGACGUCGAUCUAUUAUUCGACAAUUUGCUUUGAAUACAUCGACUCAUGGUAUCCCAGGUAUUGCUCGUAGUGAGAGUAUGCAUAAUAGAAUUUUCUGGUCGAUUUCGUUUGUCGUUUUCACGGGAAUUACAAUUUUCUUUGUUACUCAAGAAAUUCGUAAGUAUUUUGAGUAUUCUACUCAAACAUCAGUGGAUAUCGUCAAUGAGUGGCCACAACACUUCCCAGCAUUUACUAUUUGUAAUCUAGCUCCUGUUCGCUAUGAUCUUUUCGUUCAAUCAUUUUCAAACUAUACAACUACACUCAAUAUUACGAAUGCGAAUGAUACGAAUUCAAUGUCGCUACAACAAAUAAAACGUAUCGGUGAUUUUUUUCAAAUGAAAAUAAAUCGAAAUGAAUCUCUCGAUGAAUUCUUCUUUCCGCUCAGUUCUAUGCUCAUGACAUGUGUUUUCAAUGGACGCGCUUGUUCAGUAGUAAACUUUACUUCAUUUUCUUCAUCUUCGUACGGUUUCUGUUAUACUUUUAAUGCUAAAUUGAAAAAUAUUAAUAGCGUUCACUACAGUGAUGAAUAUGGUGGGCCGGGUCUUUUGAAUCUAGGCUUUUAUGUUCAUAGUCAUCAAUAUGUACCAUAUAUAAGAGAAGGGGUUGGUAUGAUAGCGGUGCUGCAUGAUAACGCACAAUUACCUAUGAUUGAUAGUGCUGGGAUGGCAUUAGCAACUGGAUUUAAACAUAGAAUUACAUAUACUAAAAAGAUGAUUUCAUUUUUACGUUCUCCUUAUUCGACAUGUGAUGAUAAAAUUCCUCCUAUGAUGCAAGCAAUGUUUGAUAAUUACCAAGGUACUGAAUAUGGAUACACAGAAGACAUAUGCUAUGAAUUGUGUACCCAAGUAUUUACAUAUAAACAUUGCGGCUGUAUUGAUCCUCUACAAUGGAAUGCUCGUUGGGUGUUUUUACCUGAAACUGAACAAAUGAUUUUAGCUCCUCUAUGCAAUAUAUCUAAUAAGUGUUACUCUGAAGCAGCCUAUGUUUUCUUGACUUCGUCGUCUCUUCUUGAACAACAUUGCUCAUAUUGUCCACAACAAUGUUUUAUUACUGAUUUCAGUAUCAAAAAUUCACUAUGGAGAACACCGCCAGCGUGGCUAGUGGAUGAUAUUAAAAGAUUUGUUGAAAAUUCAAAAAUUCCAUUACCUCAUGAUUGGCUAACGAAUUGGCGUUCACAUAUUGACGCCAGUUAUCUCUCAAUUGAACUAGUACAUGAAUCGACUAGAAUUGAAAACUAUACACAAGCAGCAACACUGACAGCAGUUGGCGUUCUGUCUAAUGUUGGCGGUCAAACAGGUCUUUGGAUUGGUGUUAGUUUUCUAUCUCUAAUGGAACUAGCAGAAAUGCUGUAUCGACUCGCACGACAGCAGUAUCAUACGAUGCGACGAAACUGUAUUAGAACUAGCGAUGAGAGUAAAGUUUGA